AUGCGAGCAGGCUUUCGAAGGCUGUCGCGCUGGGCGGUGUCGCAUUUGCGACUAGCGCUAUCGUUCAAGCCGAGUACCGUUAGAGCGAGAGCGAGUGUGAGAGAGAUAGACCGCGCCCCGUCCGAGCCAUCCGGAAGCCUUGCUGAAACUGGACCGUUUUCUUUUCUUGUUACUAUUGAGAUCGGCUCUCAAGUUCUGUUGUUGUCGCGCGGCGCGCCGCUCGCGCUGAUAACGCGACGCCAUGCCGACCUGCGCACGCGCCUAGCGUCAACUGCUCUUAAUGGAUAUCGAGUGCUACUGACUCCUAUGGAUUUUGUGAUUGAAUGUGAUAAGUGUUUGGAUUAA